AUGAAAAGCAGUGAGUUUUCAGAAAAUCUCAAAUUCAGAAAAUUCCCACCAUUUUUGUUUUGCAGAAAUUGUAAACGAGAAGAGCAAAAAACCGAGCAACAACAAGCCAGCAGCAACAAAAACCAAGAAAAACGCGAAAAGUGCACGAAAAGCGUCGAAAACUGGGAGAAAAGCCAGUGAGUUAGGAUAACUCGGGUUGUAGAGCUCAAAAUGCUCCAAAAAUCAUCUUCAUAGCUCAAAUUUUCCAGAAGCAUCUGUCAAAAAAUCGGCAAGAACCAAAAACAAUGAGAAAAAAGAGAAGAAAUUGGAAGUUUCGAAAGUUCGCACUGAAAGAUCGUUGAUAAUCGGCGGAAAUUCGUCGGAUCCAUUGAAAUCGCAAUGUGACAAAGACAAAAUCGAGAAACCUCCCAAAAAACUUGCCCAGAUUAAUCUGAAAAUUCCAAGUGAGCCCAUGCAAAAAACGGCGAUUUCGAGCAAAAAAUCGAAAAAAUCGAAAAAUAAGAUGAAUAAUAAAGAAGCUGAAGUUGAAAAAACACAGAUUAGUGAGAAAAUUGAGGGUUUUGAAGAAGAUCGAACACAAAUCGAGUCGAUUGAACCGAAAAUUGAGAAUCCUGAUGAAAAAUGA